AACAACACAAAGCAAUAACAUAUAACUCUUCAAUCAAACCUCACAGAUUCUUUUGGCAACCAAAUCAAGUCACAUAUCUGUCAUCAUGGCUCACACAACCGAAACCUACUACUACUACGUCCCCAACCUUCAGGCCCUCGACCCUACAGCUCGCGAAGUCGAUCCUUCAGCUUACGCCUGGGUGCAACCCACAAUCAUCGAGGACGAGGAUCUCACUUUUGGCGGGAAGGCUUUGAGUACCUGGUACGAGGAGGAUCGUCGUCGUCACAGCAGUGGCAGCGAUGAGGAGGAGCGACGCGGUCGUGAGCGCGUGCGAAGAAACUACUCGCGCUCUGGCAAGUCGCAUAAGAAAUAAAUACAUUUCCCUCCUCUAGAAGCAAGGAAGCGAAUGCGGUUCCCGACACUAUGAUACCCCUUUAGAAAACCGACACCCGAACCUUACGACUACUCACCGCCG